GCGCUUAGAGCUUCUUGGCUGGGGGUUCCAAUUUCUCCCAUUCAUUUGAAUAGAAGUGGCCCGUCUCUGAUAAAUAUUCUCUGGCUUUACGCAGAGAACCGGGCACUCUCCUUAAACACCGCCAGUGGAAUGACCGUGUUUAUUCAUCGAAGCUACACGUGUAGAUUAUGAUUGAGAUUAGAAUUCACACGAUUUUAUGGCAGGAAGAUUGUUAAAAAAAUAAUAAUCCAUGAUCAUACUUUUACAUUUAGUUGUAUGGCUUGAGAUGACGUCGAAAGAGGGCGCUGUUCCGCCGACUCUCCAAUUUAUCCUCUUUUGUUUUGUGUUUUGUCACUUCCGAGAUGUGUGACGGCGUUGACGUGCCAGCAGCGGGUAGAGAUAAAACCUGCUAAUCGGGAAGUUACUAAAAUUGCUUGAAAUGUAAAAUAUGUUUGCGCUAUUAAUAUACACUUUUUUCUCCACACACAUUAUCCUCAGUUAUUGCACGAUUGGUAAGUUUCGAGUCUAAUAUCUCUAGAUGAUGUGAAUGAGCGAGUCUGAUGGACAGUUGACACUUUUCGAACCAUGACGAGGCGCCUUAAAAAGGACAACAAGAACUGAUAUAAACAACUUUACACAAGUUUUAAUAGAAGAAUUAAUGUUAGUGCUUUUCUAAAAUUAUAAACUUCAAAUUUCUGUGUUUAAACCCUUCUAAAAUUUGGCUCCAUUCACUUCCAUUGUGAUGGGGGCAGACAGUGGUCCAGGAGCUCCGUCAGCCGUCCCUUGGCAUAAAGUGCUCUAUAAGCGCCAGCUGUUCCCGGACAAUUAUGUGGACCGACGUUUUUUAGAGGAGCUACAGCACAACAUCAGUGUCCGUCAGUACCAUUACAGGGCAGUGGUGCGAGAAACAGGACUGAUCGCACAGCAGGUGUCUUGCGUGGCUGUCUUUCUCACAUUAUGGUCUUAUAUGGAACAGGGAGACCUGGUGCCAUCCACAGUGUUGUGGGUCUGUCUGGGCUGUGCUCUGCUGGGCUACAGACUCUAUGAGAUCCUGGGAAGAACUUGUGUUCGAGAGCGCACACGUCUGGCAGACCUGCAGAGCGUGACCAUUUUCCUGGCUUUUACCUUCAGGUUCUCCCCUGUUUUAAAGACACUGACCGAGUCGGUUAGUACAGAUACUGUAUACGCAAUGUCAGCUGUUAUGCUCUUGGCUCAUGUGGUGUCCUUCCCUUAUGCCCAACCCAGUCCACCGGGCAGCCUUUCCCUCAAUGCAGCCCUUUUUGGGUCUGUGUGCCUGGCGUCCCGGCUGCCCGGUGCCCUGCAUACUUUCACCAUGCUGAGCUGCGCUCUCCUUGUGUUUGCUCUCUGGCCCUGCCUGCUGCAUCGCAUGCGAGAGAAGGCGGAGUGGAGCUUCCCGUGGGCAGCAGGGCUGGUGUGCCUCGCUGGAGUCAGGGGUCUGGGUAGCCUGCGGCCUGAGGGUGCACUCCUCCUCUCCCUGGCUUUACUAACACUAAAUUUAAUCUGUCCACUGUUACUGGUCCACCUCCAGAGGCAUAAGGACAAUAUUCAUGGUCCAUGGGACGAGGCAGAGAUCAGAGAGGACCUCUCCCGCUUCCUCAGUUGAAACAGCUUAAAACUGCCUGGGCUAAAGGGCUUUAAGACAGUUUUUAACUAUUUUAUACGCUACUUUUAAUGGAAUUAAGAGGGCUAUUUUUGAGAAUCUUUUGCACUUUCGCUUAAACUCGGGGACAAAUAAGAAUGGUUGGAAAAACUGUUAAAUAUAUGAAUAUCAUUUUCUUUACCUUCAUAAAGAAAAUGAAGGCCAUGUUAAGAUAAUGACGAAGUAUUUAUAUAUAAUAUAUAAGUAAAUAAUUAUCUACGAAUUGUGUCCAGGUCAUUACUGUAUUAUGGAAAUAAGAAUUGGAGAAAAGUGUGCUUGAAUUGUCAAUGUCAUAAGGUUUCUAUUUUUGUAAAGGAACUUGUACUGAAUAGUACUUUA